AAAUGUCUGACCAGAAACAUAUUGUACACAGAGCCCAUUGUAUUGAAAAACUACUGUCUGAGAACAAUUUCCAAGAUAUUGAAGAUCAUCUUAAAGAACUUGAAGAUGUUGAUAUGACUAUAGAAUAUCUUCAGGGGACAGACGUUGCCAAGGCUGUAUACAGAGUACUCAAGAGCUGCCCUUCAGUAGAGCUGAAAAAGAAAGCGAAGCAGUUAUUAUCAAGGUGGAAAGCACUUUACAAGAAUAACUGUGCUCAGUCAAUGCAAGUUAAAAAGUCAGUUUCUGUGCAUGUGAAAGAGGAAAUUGAACAUCUCAGUGUGGUUCCUGGAGAGCAGUUGCUGUCUGAAGGACCAUGUCAGCAGGAGACUCUAGAUGGUACUAGUUCUAAAAUUUUGGUCUCUUCGCAAAUGGUUAAAAAUGUAGUACGUAACGACGCAGAAGGCAGCAUGAAUCAGCUUGCUUCUUUUCGGGAGCAACACGCUGAUAAUGAAGAUUCUAAACCUCUUGUUAAUGAAGCGAGUAUGCAGCAGGAUCCAGUUAGAGCUCUGAGGUGUAAAUGCAUGGAUCUUCUUUAUAAAGCUUUGGCUGGUUCUACCAAAGAUGAAGAAGAAACUGGUAAAUGGCUGGAGCUAUCUAAAGAAAUAGAAGAACAUGUUUUUGCUCUUUAUGCUAAAAAUGACAAAAAGUAUAAAAAUUGCAUCAGAAGCAAAAUCUCUAACCUGAAAAACCCAAAAAGUUGCCACUUAAAACAUAACCUUUUUUCAGGGACUUUGAGUCCAAAGGCUUUUGCUGAGAUGACAGUGAUGGAAAUGGCCAGCAAUGAACUGAAAGAGCUCAGGGCUCUGUAUACAGAAUCAUCUGUUCAGGAACAUCAGCUUCCACAAGUUAUUAAUGGCACACAAACAAACAAAAUAAAGUGUAGGCGCUGUGAAAAAUUUGACUGCACUGUCACUAUGAUUGCCAGAGGAACUCUCUUUCUUCCAGGCUGGGUGCGAAACACAAAUCCAGAUGAGCAAAUGUUGACUUACGUUAUUUGUAAUGAAUGCGGAGAACAGUGGUAUCACAGCAGAUGGAUUUGUUUGUAACGCUAUCCCUCUUUAGUAACUGGUUUAGAAACGUAGAUAUGAGAAGAUAUCUCUGCUGAAACUGUAUAAUUUAAAAUUUUGUGUUGAUACUGUGUAGAUGCUGCCACUAAAAAGAGCAAUUUUUUAAAACUGAUUUUGCAAAGUUAUUUUUUUAAGAUAAGUUGAAUAAAUCUAUGUGGUUUUAAGUAAUAUCAAUAUGUAAAGAAAUAAACAAAAAAGGA